AUGCUGUCCACCAGGUGGACAGACGCCCACAAGUCCGCCCUCAUUGUGCAGUUCCCGAGGGGCACCGUCGUCCAGGCCUUCAGCUUCGUGACGCCGAGCGACCACAGCGAGCGCGACCCGGUGGCCUGGCAGGUGCAGGGCUCCACCAACGGCGUGGGCUGGGUCACCCUCCAUCUGCAGUGCGCCGAGUACCCGACGCCCACCGAGAGGAACAUGCGCACCGAGUGGUUCCAGUUCGUGCCGCAGGGCCAGGCGAGCUGCGCAGCCGCCUACGCCGCCACGACCACGACCACCACGACCACCUGGACAAUUCACGAGAUCGAGAAGACGGUGACCGUGGACUUCGACGGCGUCAACCAGACGAUCCACCAGGUGGUCGACGACAUCGGGGUGCUGCUGCGCAUGCUCGUGGUCAGGAUGAGGCCGAUCCUGAGGCAGCUGGAGAAAUGGCUGAAGGCCCUCUCUGAACAGGCCCAGCCGCAGCUGGAGGCCUUCGGCGUGACCAUGGAGCGCGUCCAGUCGCUGUUCGACACGCUCACCCAGAACAUCAAGCAUAACGUUGUGUCGAGCGAUGACCUUGUUGCAGUGACCUUCAGCCUCUUCGACGUCUCGAACACGGGGCGGAUCACCCUCGCAGACAUGCAGAGCGUCUCGACGAUCUACGGCAUCGCCGCGCUGGGGGGCUCGGCGGCGAAGAGCCUCUUCUCCAGGUACGACGCGGACGGGAGCGGGGAGCUCUCGGAGCAGGAGUUCGCCUUGCUCGUCCACGACCCCAAGCUCCCAGGCGUGGCGCAGGUGGUGGCCCGCGCCUACGCCGACAGGCUGUCGGAGGCCUCCUCGCCCCUCAAGUUCGCCUUCACGCGGGCGGAGGCGGCCUCAGCCGUGGCGAAGUACGUCCAGGUGGUGGGCGCCAGGAACGCCACCAAGGUCGACUGGGUGGCCCAGGCGCUCGUGAACGGGACCCUGACCACGAACUUCACGGCGGAGCUCAUCAUCGAGCUCGCCAUGCAAGACGACAACCCCGACCGGCUUGCGAUGUCGGGGGUCGGCGAGGCCUUGGUGAGGCGUGUGGUGGCCUUCGACCCGCACUUCAUGAUGCAGGUCGUCGGCAUCAUGCAGGACCCGGAGUGGUGGCUGUCCGAGGGCCUCGACCCUGCCACGCAGCCUGACAUCAUCGCGCGCGUAGCCAAGUGGGCCGUCGGCGGCAUCCAUGACCAUCACCGGACGGGCCGCAUCCCCCUGGUGGCGGAGAUGCUCGGAGGCAGCCGCGUGGGCGAGUCGCUGGCGCGGGAGCUCAGCGAGGUGCGGGGGACGCCGUCCCGGGCCUUCCACGAGAAGGUGGUGUCGCAGACCCUGCGGGAGCGCGUCCAGAGGCGCGGCCGCGAGGCAUCCGCGGCGCACCGCGGCGAGCGCGCCAGGCGCGCCCAGAGGCUGCUGAGCUCCGCCGGCACCAGGCGGCUCUUCCAGGAGCUGCUGGGGGGCGACCUCCCCGCGACCGUGGUCCAGGACUGGGAGGCCGCUAGCGUCGUCAACAAGGCCGCCAAGGCGGCCCCCGAGACCCUGGAGUGGACGUCGUGGCUCGCCAACAACGUCGCGGGCUCGGCCGCGGGCGGGGCCUCGCGGGCUCCCCGACGGUGGGCCAGGCCCUCGACUCGUGGGCGGGCCGCCUGGGCAGCAUGGUCAAGCGCGUGUGGCAGUUCCUGCAGAUGGUGCUGA